AAUUAGGGCUCCUUGUGCGUCUAUCAUCCCUCCCCAGGGCUUGCUCUCAGGCUCCCCCCUCAGCGCCGGUGCGCGUCGUUUGAAGUAGCGGAGAAAGACGCGGAGAGAAGCUCGUCUGACCUCCUACUAUUGGGCGUAAGUCGUUCAUCUGUGCCAUCAAACCUCUCUCGCCAGCUUACUCAUUCCCUCACUCACGGAGCGAGAGGGGAAGUCUCUGUUACAGAAACCGAGAGGGAGUCAUCGGGCAAAAGGCGAAAACUUUGGACUUCUCGAACCGGAGAUGCGUUUCGGUGAUGCCCCUUUUCCAUAAAGUCCAGUAAAAGAACGGCAGCUGUUUGGAUCCACGUGAACCACGGAUGAAGAAAUCAAUAUCGAUCUUUUUGUCGAGCGCAGAGUGAUUGUUUACGGUCCACACUUAACCCAUGUUGGUUAUAGGUAGAGGAUAUCUUGGGUUUCGUCAGUUUGCGUCAUGACUUCAGGCUAUGCUCAUGUAAUGGACAGACAAGCCCCGCUGCCUAACCGACUGGAGAGCCCGAUCACCGCCAAUCAGGAUCAUUUACAGGCGAAGAAGAACUUCUCCGUGAGCCACCUGUUGGAUCUGGAGGAGGCGCGGGAGAUGGUGGGAGCUCAAGCGGAGGAGAGCGCGGGAGAGGCGGGCAGGAGCAUGCUGGAGUCUCCGGGGCUGACCAGCGGCAGCGACACGACGCAGCAGGAGAAUGAGCAGCUCAACUCGGAGGAGAAGAAAAAGCGUAAACAGAGGCGGAAUAGGACCACGUUCAACAGCAGCCAACUGCAGGCCUUGGAGAGAGUGUUUGAGAGGACGCACUACCCAGACGCUUUUGUCAGGGAGGACUUAGCACGCCGGGUCAACCUCACUGAAGCUCGCGUGCAGGUGUGGUUUCAAAAUCGGCGAGCUAAGUUUCGGCGAAACGAGCGUGCGAUGCUGGCCAGUAAAAAUGCCUCGUUGCUCAAGUCUUUCUCAGGAGAAGUAACAGCCGUAGAGCAGCCCAUAGUCCCACGACCCGCUCCCAGACCCAACGACUACCUGUCCUGGGGCAACUCGCCAUCGUACAGCGCCAUGGCAACUUAUUCUCCAUCAUGCGCUACCAACAACACAGCCCAGGGCAUGAACAUGGCCAACAGCAUCGCCAACCUGAGACUGAAGGCCAAAGAAUACAGCCUGAACCAGGUACCCACCGUCAACUGAAGCGGACAGCAGGGCUGUCAGAGACUCACGUCAGAGAACAAUCCCGACAUCCCAACCGAACCGGCUCCGUUCUAUUGACGUAACACUUGUUUUCUGUCCUCUUAUAUGUCUUUUACUCUUACCCAUCGAGAAAAUGAAGCGAAGGAGAAUUUCCUCAAGGUACAGAGCUUUCCUAAACCAAUGAUUUACAUAAGGCUGUCAUGUUCAUGGCAUGUGGGAAAAUGACAUGUGGGAAAAUUCAGUUUUGGAAAGCGCGAAAUGGAAACUUUCUCUGUUCGCACUCACUGUGGCAGCAUGAGUGUGGUCAUCCCGUAUGAAGACCGUGGCUUACUAUAGAUUGCUUUCCCGAGACCGUUGCUGACCACAGGGAUUUGAUGACCUCUGCGGAAUCCAUACAACUACAAUCUUGUGGACAUCUGGGAAGUUUUUAGGAUUUCCCCUUGAUUUCUCCUUGGAACUCAUAAAUAUGCACUGAGGCCACAAAUUGGGAUUUGGAUAUUUUGAUUAUUUGGAGCCGGGUGAAGUCUGGCUUCCUUGUUACCGUACUCUAAAAAUCACUCCUUGCUGUUUUCAGUUUAAAACAUGCCGGGGUUAUUUGUUCAUUUUGGCAUAUACAGAACUCUAGCCAUGUAUGUAAGCGAAUUUGGAGCCUAGUUGAUUUUACCCUUUUAUAUUGUCUAUAUCUAAACAUGUAAUAUUCCUUUGCAAUAAAGAUGUCCAAGCAGUGUAACAGCAUUGCGUUUCAGG